CAUCCUUUCGCGCGCGCGCCCACGCGUACCCCGCCAAAGCCCCCUUCAGCUGCCUGCCACUUCCCUUGACUCGCAAAAGUCAUUCACGAAUGCCCAGCGACGACGACGCUCUGACCCCGCAUCUCUCACAGAUUUGCUCCUCACCCUGUCACCCAGACUGCUGCCUGCCUGCCUGCCUGAUCGAGCCAUGUCGUCCGUGGGCAGUCCUUCGCGCGCGCGGCAAGCAGAAGAAGAUUCUCAAGAUUCGGGAGAAGACAUUGCAGGAGGAAAUAAGCGCGGACUAAUCGCUGGUAGCGAAGAGGAUGAUGACGAUGAUUCGAGCGAGGAGGAUGAGGAUGAUGAUCCGGAAGAAGCGCGCAGGAUCGCUCAAGGCUUCAUCGUGGAUGAGGAGGAGGAUGAGGAGCAGGAAGAUGACGACGAGCAGGAAAGGAGGAGAAAGAGGAAGCGGAGAAAACAAAAGAGGAGAAGACAGCUCGAGGAAGAGAAUGAGGAGCUGGACGAAGACGAUCUGGAUCUGCUGGCAGAGAACACCGGCGUCAAGCGGAGAAAAGAGGAGAGGAAACUCAAACGUUUUCGUCGAGGUUCGGCUACGCCCGAACCUCGUCCCUCUUCGCGUCCCGAAGAUCUGAGUCACAUGUUCGACGAUGAUGACGAGGAUGGUCCAGCUGCAGCUGUCACUGCAACUGCUAAAAGGCGCGCAGACACUGAUGAGGAGGAGGAGGAGGAGGAGGAGGAUGACGGCUUGCCAUCGGCUGCCAAUGCCCUUCGUCGUGCGACGGAUGCAAGAUCGAGGCGUGAUCGCGAUUUGGCCGCUCAAGCUGCUCCUUCUGGCUUCGAAGACGAGAUGGAAGAUUUCAUCGACGAUGACGAGGAUUCCGACAUGGACGCAUCCAUCUCUGACGGAGAGAGGGAAGCUCGUCGAGCAGAAAAGCGCAGAUUGAGAAAGGAGGAGAGGGAAGCGAGAAAGGCUUCCAAAUCCGGCUUGGACCUCGACCCCACGCGCGCGGGCAUCGAUCAGGAUCAGUGGGAAGAGCUCAAUGAUGUGUUUGGAAAUGGCGAAGAUUACGCUUGGGCUUUUAAGAAGGGUGAUAGGGAAGGCGAAGAGGGAGCGCUGGAAGAAGAAGACGAAAUGUACGAGGAUGAGCUGGCGGAUGAGCAGAGAAAGAAGAAGCUCGAGUUCAAAGACAUCUUUGAGCCGGCUGCGAUCAAGGAGCGCAUGCUGACCGACGACGACGACCGCAUCCGUCGAGCCGACUUUCCCGAGCGGUGGCAACUGGCACUGCCGGGCGAGGAUGGGCUGCAGCUGCUAGAGAGACAACUCACCUCUUCCGAGCUGGACGAUGCAGCUCGAUGGGUCAAUGCUCGCAUAUCGCAACGAUGCUACAGGCUCUUCCUCUCGCCCGAAGGCGAGUUCAAUCAGUUUUUGGGCGUCUGGCAGCAAUGCGUUCGCACGACUGUUGCGCACGUCCUGAACAAGCGCAGAGAUGCCAUGUAUCUGUACGUCCAUCAUGCGGACGAGCAUGAGCUCAGGACGCAGCACAAUUACGGCGCGGGAAAUAGACAGGGAGCUACGAUCAUCACGCUGCUCAACAGGCGCGAUUUGCAGAGCCUCGUCUCGGCUUGCUUGCGCUUCAAAUCCCUGCUGGCUCGCAAGGACAGCUUGAGAAGGCUGUUCGAGCGACUGCUUCAGGAUGACGUCAACGCCACUGAGGAAAAUCAGUCGUUGGCUGUCGCGCCGACCGUGCCCAAGGGAGCACCUAGUCAAGAGCAACGCAACGAGUUUGCGCAGCUGCUCGCGCGCGCAGAGAGCACGGAGGAGGUCGCGGAUGUGGCGGAUUGGCUCAAUAUGCAGUUUGGCCAGAAGCUGCGGGACGCGCAGGCUAUAGAGACGGGCCUGUCCCUGAAUGGCAGAUCAGCGACGACCUUCAAGAAGCCCGCGAUCGUCAGUCGAUACGAGCGCGUCAAAGCUACGAUGGCGUUGGACUUUGCUCGCAAGGUGGCCAUGCCCGCUGCGCACCUGUACAAGAAUUACGAAGCUCCGCACGGUAGACCGUACACUUGGCAAGAUCCGACAGAGGACCCAGCCACGCUAGCUGGUCAGUACUUUGACGCGGCUGCCAACAUGCUCUCGGCGGAGCGCGUCUUGGACGAAGCCAAGCUGCUGCUGGCAAACGAGAUAGGACGUGAUCCAUCCAUGAGGCAAGUGGUGCGCAGUCUGUUCAGAGACUUUGCGUUCGUCAGCGUCGCUCCGACAGAACGCGGCGAGUCGGUGAUUCACGAGGAACAUCCAUUCUACAAUUUCAAGUACCUGAUAUCGAAGCCCGUGCCCGAAUUCAGGGAGCAUCAACCUCCAACGGAAGGUCAGCUGGCUCCGGCCGUGCCGAAUCCUGUUCAAUUUCUGCUCAUGCUCGAGGCGGAAGAGAAGCUGCUGGUCAAUAUCGACGUUCGACUCUCUCCUCACCAGGUCCAAGGCUUUGAGGAUCGCUUGACCGCUAAUUUUGCAGGAGAACAUUCCACUGCGACUUCGUAUGCGUGGACGGACUUUAGGAGGGAAGUCAUCAAGGCUGCGUUGGAGGACUUUUUGCUGCCCGUGGGAAAGAUUUGGGUCAAGGAGUGGUUGAGAGAGGAGUGCCAAGACUGGCUUGGACGUGCUUGCGAAGUUCAACUGAGUAGGCGCAUCGAUUGCAAACCUUACCAGUCGAAAUCGAUGCAUGCUCGACUUCGCGACGAGAAGGACGCUCCGAGCCAAUGGGACGCGGAACAGGAUGAUGAGGACGACACGCUAGUCGGCGAUAAGCACUCUAGCACAGUCCCUUCUGUUCUCGCAAUCUCUGCUGGCCAAGGAGACCCGCGAAGAGACACUACGAAGGCCGUCUUCCUCAACGCACGCGGCAAGCUCAUCGAGGGCAGCACGUUUGAUGGACUUGCGCCUCCGCGAGGACACGCAAACGAUGCGGGUGUGUCCUUGCAGCGCAUCGACGAGCGCGAUCUAACAUCGCUGCCCAGCAAGGACAGAGAGACCUACCAAUCUCGUAUGGCCUUUAUCGACUUGCUGAAGAGACGAAGACCAGACGUUGUUGUGGUCAACGGCUUUAGCGCUCGCACCGUGGCGCUCAGAUCGCUGGUACAGCUUAUGGCUACCAAGGCAGAGGAAGAGCUCGUGUCAGAGAGCAGAUUGCCACCUCUUGGUACGCCGCAAGGCACAGCGGAGCGCGAAAAGCUCUGCAUCGACGUCAUCUCUGUGGACGACGAUGUUGCUCGUCUUUAUCAGCACAGCGCGCGAGCAGCCGACGAACAUCCCUCGCUGGACGUCUUGACCCGCUACUGCGUCGCUCUGGCUCGAUAUGCCCAAUCGCCGCUGAACGAAUUUGCGGCGCUGGAAGAGGGCGAUUUGCUUUCCAUUCGGUACGACGCCAAUCAGCAGCUCUUGCCCAAAGCCAAGCUGGCCAUGCACCUCGAAAGAGCCAUCUCCGCUUCGGUCUGCCACGCGUGCAUCGACAUCAAUCGAGCGUCCACGGACGCUUACUAUGCGGCUAUGCUCAAGUUCGUCAGCGGACUGGGUCCACGCAAAGCUACUGCGCUGAUUCAGACCAUCAAGGCUGAGCUAGAGGGUGUGGUAAUCAACAGGCUCAGCUUGCUCAUCGGCGCUCAAGACAGUCUGAUGCGCGAGAGCGACGUGGAGAUCUUGACGCUGGAAGUGUGGCACAAUGCGUGCCCAUUCUUGGUGGUGCGUGGAGUCAAGUCGCAAAGGUACCAGGGAUCGCCAGACGUGCUGGACGGUACGCGCAUUCAUCCGGAAAAUUACAGGUAUGCCAGGUUCAUUGCGUUCGACGCGCUGCAGAAGAACGAGGAGGAUCUGGAUCCGAACGAACAUCCUUCUCAGUUUUGCUCGGAACUGCUCAGGGAUCAGCGCCGCGAGGCAAAGGUGUCGACGAUCGAUUUGAGCGACUAUGAGGCGAAGCUUUUGCAGGAGCAGCAGGACAAGGGCGAAGCGCCCAGCAGGAAGCUCACCCUGCUCAACAUGGUUGCUCGGGAACUGGUCUAUCCGUGCGUGGAUGCGCGGGCCGCGUUUGUGCGCCCAACUUCGGACGCCUUGUUGUCUGCCCUCACGGGCGAAACGAGCCAAACGCUGUCUGGCAUUGUGGCCGUCACUGUGGUCAGCGUGCAGCCGGAGCACGCCAUCGUUCGACUAGCUUCGGGCAUCGAGGGCACAAUCAAUGGCGAGUACCUCAGGCCAUACCCUAGCGAGUACUACCAGAUGGAGCAGAUGCGACCUCCUUCUUUGCGGGACAUUGUCAAGCCGAUGCAGACCAUCAAUGCUCAGAUCAUCGAUGUGGACAAGGACACCUUUCGCGUCGAACUCACUGCGAGACCAGACCACUUGGAAAAUGCGGCGGCGCAUCCUAGCGGUAGAGCAGUCCUGCCUGAUCAACGAUACUUUGACCACGAAGCGGCGGCGAUGGCAAAGGCCAAAGCGGAGGAUGAGGUGCGACGAAAGAUGAAUUUGAGAAAUGUCAGAUCCAUCAAUCAUCCGUACUACAAGAACUUCAACUCGACUCAGGCCGAACAAUACUUGGCCGACUCCAAAUUUGACAUCGGAGAAGCAAUCGUCAGACGAAGUUCAAAGGGCAGUGACCAUCUGGCGGUGACGUGGAAGGUUGCGCCUGGCGUAUUCCAGCACGUUGAUGUCCUCGAGCUGGACAAGGAAAACGAGUACGAGUUGGGCCGAACGCUGCGCGUCGGCAAUAUGGGCUCGUACUCGGACAUCGACGAGCUAUUGGUCGGUCACAUUGCCCCGAUGGCUGCGAUGGUCAGGCAAUUGCUUCAUCACGAAAAGUACCAAGGCGAGGAAGCGCAAUUGGAUCAAGUCCUGACCAGCUUUACGCAAGCAAAUCCGAACCGCAGCACGUACGGUUUUGCAUUGGACCGGAAGCGUCCUGGCGCCUUUGUUCUGGGCUUCAAAGCGAAUAGGGAUGCAAAGAUUCAAAAAUGGCCCGUCAAGGUGCUCCCUGGUCGUUUCAAGCUGCUCGACACGGACCAUUUGCCCAACGUUACGGCGCUGUGCAACUCGUUCAAAUCGCAGUACACCUCGAUGGUCGGUAUGCAGCGCGGAGGCAGGACUCCAGGUGGAGGUCUCGGCGGCGCUACUCCGCGCGCAUUGGGUAUGGGCACCACACCCUACGGAGCUGGGCUUGGCUCUGCGACUCCUGGUGGGCCGCUAGGCGGACGCACGCCUGGACGCUACACGGCGUACGGUGCUGGAUCUGCUACUCCUGGUGCGCUGGGAAUGCGAACACCGUACGGUGCAGCAGCUGCGACGGGCUCCAUGACGCCCAGCGCUGCUGCUGCUGCUCGGCUGGGCGGCACUGGGCAGACGCCAAAUCCCUACGCGCGAACGCCCAAUCCUUAUGGAGCGCCAGCCACUCCGCAGCAUCAGCAGCAGCAAGGAGGACAAUUUGGAGCAUCGAGACCUGGCGCGCCUCCGGCAGCUCCGAUGGGCUUCGCAAUGCCACCUGGCGCUCCGCCCGCACCUCCUCCAGGCUUUCCCAACGCUCAACCUCCCGGUCCUCCUCCUUCCCGACCGCCUUCAAACGUGCAUCCCGACAGGUGGGCUAUGCAGCAGGGAGGCGCUUACUAAGGUGGGCGCCGGGGGGGCCGAGCGCAAAGCUGCAUCCAUUGCUUCCAUGGAAAAUGAGAAUGCGAGAAAAAACAAUGAUUCAUGCGUGUGUUGCGCACGUCGACCAUCAUGCACAGGUGCUCUGGUGCGAUCCGAGCUGGGCUAAGCGAAGGUAGGAACUAGUGCGCAACUACGCACCAUCGCUGAGAUGAGAUGAGACGAGAGC